AUGAGUCAGCUUUACCCCGAAGAGGAAGGCCUUAGGGAGCCACGAGUGUCUACGAAGGCAAAAGGUUGGCCACCUAAAAGGGAAAACGCUCGUGAUCCUUCUUGGCAUGAGCACGCUGCCGCACGUCAAGGUAGAAGGAGCACAAGGAGGAAGACAUCAACCUCAGAUGUUACAGGUGGCCCGAAAAGGGAUCCCAUGACCAAGAUUGAUGGAGUGAAUGUUUUUCCUUACUUUCGCUUCGUCCCAGAAAGUGUCAGAGAUCGAUGUCUUGGUUGGUGGGACCCUGCUCCUGAUGGACAUUGCGGAUUUCGAGCUCUUUCACAUGCACUUCAUGGAGAUGAGGAUCACCACUUGUGGGUGAGAAAGGCUAUUAUAGAUGAAGUCAUGUCGAUCCAACAAUCCAAGCCAGGGGUAGCUCGCCCUAGCAAUGUGUUGGUGUUUUGUAACACCGGCAACCAUUGGGUGCGCCUUGACUUUGAGGAGGAUUCAAUACCAAUGCCUCCAUUCACCUUCCUGUGGACCCAUUUCCGUGACAAAAUGAGUACUCAAGGGUGGGAGCAGUUGUUCAAGGACGAGCGAGAUCUUUACUUCGCACUUGGGGGUCAUCAUGACUAG